AUGGCAACAACCGCCAGCCUCGCGUUCCCUCUGCGCCUCCUGUUCCUGCUGCCCGGCUGGUCCCAGGCGGGACGGGCUGGUGAGUUGGGGGCCGCGGGGCCCAAUCCUCCGGGCAAGGGGAGGGGUGUGGGGGGCACGGCUGUGGACGGCAGCGGCUUCAGAAGAGGGGAGACCUGCGUUAUCUCCCAGGACUGUGCUCUCCCUCAGUUCCCUUCUGUGGCUCCUUUCAGCCUAUUCUGCUGCCUACGGCGGCCGCUUGCCUCCCAGGCCAGGAAGGUGUCAAAAAAAGUGGAAAAGGAAAACGCUCACUCUCUCUGGUGCACCUUCACCAUCAUCCAUCUGCCCAGACCUGGACAACAGUGGUGCGAGGUCCAAGUCCAUGUGGAUCAGAAGAAUUUCCUCUUCUAUGACUGUGGCACUGACAAGGUCUUAUCUGUGGGUCGCCUAGAAGAGCAGCUGAAUGCCACAGAUGGCUGGGGAAGACAACUGGAAAUGCUGAGAGAGGUGGGGCAGACGCUCAGACUGGAACUGGCUGGCACUGAGCUGGAGGAUUUCAUCCCCAGUGGAACCGUCACACUGCAGGCCAAGAUGUCUUGUGAGUGUGAAGCCGAUGGACACAGCAAAGCAUCCUGGGAGUUCAGCGUUAAUGGACAGAAGUUCCUCCUCUUUGACUCACACAGCGGAAAAUGGACAGUGGUUCAUCCUGGAGCCAAGCGGAUGAAAGAGAAGUGGGAGGAGGACACGGAACUGACUGCGCACUUGAAGAUGGUUUCAGUGAGAGACUGCAGGAGCUGGCUUGGAGACUUCCUGAUGCGCAGGGAGAAGACACAGGAGCCCACAGCACCACCCACCGUGUCCUCAGGCACAGCCCAACUCAGGGCCACAGCCACCACC